CCCGCUCGUGCACUUUGGUCUAGCCGGGGCCGCGCUUAGGGGCGCGUUCACGCUUCGCAUCCAGUGUUUGUGAGCAAGAGCGACGAUUCAAUCGCCCUUUCAAUUUCUACCAGACGCAGACGAAUCCAGAGCUACAGCUAUGGCCUCCGGUGUGAAAGUCACAGAUGAAGUCAUCACGGUCUUCAAUGACAUGAAGGUGCGUAAGGCUCAGCCAAACGAGGACGAGAAGAAGAAGAGGAAGAAGGCCAUCCUGUUCUGCCUGAGCAAGGACCUGAAGAACAUUGUUCUGGACGACGGCAAAGAGAUCCUCGUGGGCGACUUGGGAACCACCGUGCAGGACCCAUACCAGCACUUUGUGAAGAUGCUGCCCCCAAACGAUUGCCGCUAUGCUCUGUAUGACGCCACCUACGAGACCAAAGAAACAAAGAAGGAGGACCUCGUCUUUAUCUUCUGGGCUCCAGAUAGCGCUCCCUUGAAGAGUAAGAUGAUCUAUGCCAGCUCAAAAGAUGCCAUCAAGAGGAAAUUUGAAGGUAUUAAGCACGAAUGGCAGGUGAACGGUUUUGAAGACCUUAAAGACCGGCACACUCUGGCAGAAAAGCUCGGUGGCUCAUCGGUAGUCAGUCUGGAAGGAGCUCCUUUAUAAAUAUCCCUCCCCCUCCUCUCCGGCUUCGAUUGAGGCCUUUCAGACACAUCUGUCGGGUUUAGCUGUUCAUUCCAGUGUGGUGUGGAGAAGGGCAAAAGCAGAACCAGCAUCAAUUCGUGGGACUCUCGGGGAGGGAUAUCAUGGGUGGGUUUUUGGGGUCAAGUGACAGUUUUAAAAAAAACGACAACAACAAAAAUAAAACAACAACGAAUCAGACUGUCAUUCCAGUUCAUGCAACGUAAAGAUUAUGAACAAAACACAAAGGAAAACAUUAAGAUACAACUGAAGAAGGAAAAUGAUGACGAUGAUUAAAACUUAAAUACACACAGUUCAUGUUUAAGGACAGGGUUUCAUUCUUUCCAGGUUCCAUUUGACUGACUGCAGAGAAAGACGGUCAGCAAACCUUCUAGUUUCCCAACCACUGAAUCCUGACAGAUAAUUGUUCCAACUACGUUUUUUUGUUUUGUUUUGUUUGUUUUUUUGUUUUUUUUUGCCAAAAAAAACAAGUUAAGUUUUGUAAGUGUGUAUAGUUGAGUAGGUGUAGUAAUGAACUAAUUCAUUUGAUUACAGGAGCUGUAUAAAAACACUCUGGGGGAACACGGUUAAAUAUAUAUAAUUUCUUUUCUUUGUUUUGUUAUUCCAUUGUUCUUUUUUUGUUUUUGAAAGGUUCCAAAACUUGAGCAAUUCCUUUAUAUUUCCAGUUCCGGGUGAGAAAAAACAUGACAUUUGAUGUAGUGAACAGACAUUCCUUGUACUCGUUAAAACCAGGAUUUCCUCAAUUUAAAAACUUUGGUGUUAUGAAGGUCUGAUGGGGAGCGAUGUGUAUAUGAAAGACCAGUGGUCAGAGUUUAGAUUGAAUACUGAAUGGUGGAUGUUUUGUAUCGUCUCCUUAUCUCUAAUAAAAAGCACUAAACUACUGA